AUGUUUGUGGUUAGUUAUUCUUGUGCGGGGUGUCCGUUGGUUUCAGCCCAACUUCUCGCUUUCCCCAUUUUGCUUGGGUUUCAGGGUUCCAUUGAUGCCGCGAUGCUUCAGCAGGAGCUGGCGGACUCAAUCGGGCAAUUAGAGUCGGACCUGCGGGCGUUAGAUAGAGACGCGUCUGGAUCCGUCCCGUGCAGGGAGUUCGCCAGGGCGCUGCUGCGCAAUGGCGGGUCGCGAGCGCAGGCGGAGGCGCUCACGGAGCAGUUCGCGGCGGAGCGAGGCGAGUGUGUCCGCUACGCUGCCCUCCUGGAGAGUAUGCGGCAAUUGGCGCACGACAUGUCCGCACCGCCGUUGGCGCGGGGCGACGCUGGCGGCGCGGCCCCCCACGCUGCCUCGUUCUUCUCCGAUGCGGGGGCGCGGGCACCUGCCACCGGCCCAGCGCCGCUGUGGGAGGGAAACCCCGCGAAGCAUCACCCGCGUCAUGGCGCCUGCGUCUCGGCCGGCGAUGAGAAAGGGGUUGCGACGUUUUACUCCGCACAUGCGUCUCCCAGCGUGCACACAGAGGCCGAAUUGUGGGCCCAACGGCCUGCGACAAGUCAUCGCUUUGCAGUUCCGCGGCGAGGAUCAUCCACCGCUUCGGCAGCGGAUAGGAGAGAACAUAGGGUCCCGCCGGCUGCGGGCAGCGGCUCGAAGGCGGGCGGCUUUGUAGAGCGUGCCGUGGAGCGUGCCUCCUCCCCGUCGUACCGCGCGUCUUCUGUGGAGCGGAUGCUGCAGACGGCGAAGCGGUGUGCCUUUUCGGGGAGCUCCACCCCACUGACGUCAGAGUGCGCGCACCAAGAGACGUCACACGGGGCGAGGGGUGGGAGGAGGGACAGUGGCGUGGCGCGGCCGCCAAGCAGGGAGAGCGCAGGUGUGAGAGAGGCGAGGCAGGCGGGGCUUGAAGGAACAGCAGUCAAGCGGCCGAACACGGCGUCAAGAGCGACGACCAUGAAUGGCACGAGCCGAUCCUUCUUUCAGGACACAUACUUUGGCAGCGCGGUCCCGCCACAGAACACGUCGAGAGUAAGUCAAGCAACUUCCAGUUCAUGGCUGGCUGGCCGAGGUGAGUUGCUUUCGCUUCGGGAGAUAUUCCGAAUUCUGGACACGGACCAGGAUGGUAGUCUCUCGCUACAUGAGCUGUGGUCCGCGUUCUCUCACCGUGGCAUUGGCAUUUCACUUCUUGAACUAGACGCGCUUGCGGACUCCUUGGAACUGGACGUCUCUCGUGCGUCCGAUGUUUCUAGUACCAACACCGGUGCUCAGGCUAGUGGCGACCGCGUAUUAAACUUGGCGGACUUUUGCAUGCUCGUGUCACGCAUGCGCUCCAGCCUCAUCGAGCGUAUUCGUCGCUCGGAGCUUUGGGCCACAGCCGCCACGGAGCUUUCGCCUCCACCAGUGCCCCCGGCGCAGACUGCCAUAGACGGCGGACGUGAGAAGCCUGGGGCGCAACGCCGUCAAAGCGCGGCAAGUGGGGCGGCGACGCCGCACAGCCCGUUGCCGUUGACGAGGCCGGCGUUGUACGACUUUUUGUCGGCGUCUCAGUCGCCGCUGUCGCCCCCGUCACCGUCUCCGCCGCCUGCUGAAAUGGCGCCCAGCCCCAAGCAGCAGCAGUCGUUGCUGCACGCGGGCUUCAAUAGCUUCAGCCCCCCACCGAGUGUGCACACAAGCGCGGCUGUCAGCCAGGCUGUGGGGUCGAGUUUUGCCAGUAGCCCGCAAGGGCGCAGCACGGCGGCGGCGCACCAGCGCCCUUCUGGCUCCCCCGUCUCCGUUUCCCCCUCACCCGAGAUGGAGGAACCGCUCACGGCGCGCGCGGCAGCCAGGCUUUCACCUCCUCCUCUCUCCACUACCGUCAGGGCAUCGGAGGCAACUUCCCUGCCGGACAAACAGCAGGACGCCGUUUUUGCGGCCGCAGCAAGAUCGCAGAGCCCGCACCCGUACGACGUGCCGACAGAACGCGGGCUUCAAGAGGAAAUUGAACUGAGUAUGCCACCGCCGUACCCACAGCCUGCCAUGGACUGCGGCGGAGUGCGACGGAUGGACGCCCAAAGCGGCUUGCCUGUUGCAUCCACGGCAUACGCCAGAAAUGCCGGCGAGGCGACGGGUCUGGUUAAGAACGACUACGCAAUACUGCACAGGGAAAUAGUGGCGCGACAAAAACAACGCAUGGAAGAAGACGACUUCCUUAGGCGAUUGGAGAAGGAGUUUGAGGAGAAGUACGGUGAUCUCAUAAGCGAGAGGAGCGUCGAGCGGCUGGAGGAGCAGGAGGAGCGCCCACCGUCCGCGGUGGAUCACCAAUUCGCGGCCGGCGAGACGGGGCGGUCAAGCGCAAUCCUUCGUGACGCAGCAGCGAACAGUCCCAGAGAGGCAAGGAAGCCGCGAUCGGCUUCUCCCUCGCUGGGCAAUGAGUCCCCAGCGAGUGGAGGAGGAACGGAUGACAGCCGCGUGGGUGGAAGGCUGUUGAGGCCGACCGCUUCCUCGCGGGCGCAUGAGCAGAAGAAGAAAUUUGCAUAUUGCCCACCCAAGCGUGCCGCAUCGUGGAGUCGUGUCCGGGGUGCACCCAUUCAGAGGACGGGCACGCAGGUGAGACGCGGAGACGCUCCCGUAGAGUCUACGCUCAGGAGACGACGCCUCGGCGGCGGGGACGAACCCGCUUCCAUGAGUGCGCGGCGCCACAGCGAUGGCAGGAAACCCACACAACAACAAGAACAGCAGCAGCAGCAGUGGCAGUGGCAGAGGCAGAGGCAGAGGCAGAGGCAGAGGUCACCUGCUGCAGGCUCCGCCGCUGCCCACGCGACUAUAAUGUCAAGGAGUGCAGGCGAGAAAGAAUCGCGGGGCGGAGAGAGACGGGGUGUGCAGUCGUUGCCCUCGCCCAGAAACGGCGCCUCUGCGUUGAUGCAUCACUACCACCCCGGCGGUGCAGCGGAUAGACCCUCGUCGGGUCGCUCGGGCAGGGCGGGGCCGGGGGUGGUGCGCGUUUCGCUUGUUGCCUCCUCAGGCGGGCGCGGGCGCGUCCCUGGAGCCUCCGUUGACGCGGCACGGGGCUCCUGCGAGGGUGGAGUCGCGCACGCGCAGAGCCACAAUCCGCCAAUGCCCGGGAUUCCGCCGCGUCCACCAGUCCACACGAGUGCGGUGGAAGCGCAUGCAAGCGACGCCGACAAGGCCGGCGCUUUGAAGCUGCCGCAGGAGAUUUCGGUAAAACUAUACGGAAAGUGUUCCCACCUGCUCUCACUUUGCACAAACUACGAUCGACUGCAUGACGGGUAUGUGUCGGCCAGAGAACUUGGCCGCGCCCUCUACGCGGUUGCACCGAAUUUGACGGAGGGGGAAAUCAACGAUUUGGUGCGCGUGGGAAUCGCCAGUGGGGGCGAUGGGAGUCGUUGCCACUACACCUCGCUUGUGGGCGCGCUUGUGGUGCAGGAGAGUUAUGUGGGUUUCCGCGACGAAGCCGCCUCCGACGAAGAGGCCCCCACGAAGACGGUGGGCGCGGAAGGCGAGGUGUCCCCGGCGUUGCCUGCGUCGGAGCCACGGAUGAAGGCUGCCGCGCCACCCGCCACGUCUCACCGCGUCAUGGGGGACGCCGAGGAGGACACGCUUGAGCAGCGUGUGCGGAAGGGGCGACUAAAGAUGAGGCGGCUGCUGCGCGAGGAGCUGCUUAGCGCCUGCGAUGGCGACUACCACCAACUGCGCGAGGCCUUCUUCGCCCACGACGAUAUUCACACCGGCUUCCUUGAGGAGAAGGUCUUGCGAAAGUGUCUUGUGGAGCUCUUCCGCGCCGCACAGCGCGUCCUCCCGCCGUGGGUGAUGGAUCGCUGCGUGCGACUGUGCCGCACACCGUUUGAGCGCGAGAUGGCUGCCACCGCCGCCGAUGACGACAAUGACGCCACGGAUGACUCGCGUGCACCGCGGCGGAGAAAAUUGUUUGCUGCUGCAGCGGCCGUGGUGCCUCCACCCGAGUCUCCUGAGGAGGCGGCUGCGCGGCGCCGCGUGCAUGGCAUCCCAAAGUUGUUGUGGAGUGUGUUGUGCGAUUAUCGAUACCUGCUGGAGGAGUUGCGUCUAUAG